CGCAGGGUGGCCCUCGAGUCCGGCCACCAGGUGCACUGGACCAAAGAGGAGAAUUAUAUGUUCAGGCUUUCUGAAUUCCAGGAGCCGCUGCAGAAGUGGCUCCGGGACAACCCGCAUGUCAUUUCCCCUGCUCCUUUCUAUCAGCAAGUGCUCCGCUGGCUGGAAGAGGACCUGCCCGACCUUUCUGUCUCUCGCGAGAGAAGCCGCUUGCAGUGGGGUAUCCCUGUCCCCGACGACUCCACGCAAACUAUCUAUGUUUGGGUGGAUGCCCUGGUGAACUACCUGAGUGUGGUGGGUUACCCCGAGACGCACGGAGAGUGGUGGCCGGCCGCCCACCACGUUGUGGGCAAGGACAUCCUCAAGUUUCACGCUGUCUACUGGCCAGCGCUGCUGAUGGCGGCCGGGCUGGCCCCCCCCGAGCGCAUCUUUGUGCACUCCCACUGGACUGUCCAUGGGCAGAAGAUGUCCAAAAGCCUGGGCAAUGUCAUUGACCCUGAUUCUUGUUUUAGGCACUACACAGUAGAUGGUUUUCGGUACUUCCUGCUGAGGCAAGGUGUUCCUGAGCGGGAUUGCGACUACUACGACGAGAAGGUUGUGAAGUUAGUGAAUUCAGAACUGGCAGAUGCGCUUGGGGGACUUCUGAAUCGUUCGACGGCUCUCAGCAUCAACCCCAGCAAUACUUACCCAUGUUUCUCGGAGUCUUGUUUUCCAAAGAUUUCAGAUUAUAAUGGGACACAAGCCUUGGGAAGGGCUUCAACUGAGGACUAUGAGCUCGUGGCAUCUGUGGCUUCCCUGCCUCUGCAGGUGGCCAAUUAUUUUGAAGGUUUCCAGAUCUAUAAGGCUUUAGAAUGUAUUGCCCUGUGCGUAAAGGGAACCAACGGUUUCUUCCAGAGACACAAGCCCUGGAAACUGGACCGAAAAGACCCGGCAGAGAAGCUCUGGCUCGAUACCAUCAUCCACGUUACGCUGGAGUGUCUGCGGGUCUAUGGGACUCUCCUGCAGCCUGUGAUCCCAAGCACUGCAGACARGCUGCUUUCCAGGCUGGCAGUUGAGCCAGAGGAGCGAAGUCUGUCAGGUUUGACGUUUCUGCCACGUUACAAUGGGAAGCCCUGUCCCUUUGAAGGGAGACAGCUUGGACCUGACACGGGCAUCUUGUUUCACAGGCUGGAGAAGACAAGACAGUCUCAGGUGGAAAACAAGAGUUCUCUAGUCUCUGACAAAUAGCUCCUAUCUGAGAAGCAAUUCAGAUGCUCUGCUAAGGACAUCUGAGCAUGAACAUGGAAGCCAAUUCCCUCAGCCAUCGCUUCCAGA